GGAAUUUUAUUUCCCACAGUUGGCAGCCCGUGAGAAUCGAGAGACUGCACUGCAUGUGCGCAGGAAUCGUAGACAACGCAAGACAGCGUUGUAUUCGAGGUUAAUCGGCACACUGUGCACGAAGAAUUUUUUAUUUACGCUUCUCUUAGGAAAUUACAGAUUUAUUUACCAUGGCUGCAACAAUGCCAAUCAACCCAAAGCCAUUCCUCAACGGUUUAACCGGGAAACCAGUUAUGGUGAAGUUAAAAUGGGGACAUGAGUACAAAGGUUACCUCGUCUCAGUUGACGGAUACAUGAAUCUGCAGCUGGCGAACACCGAGGAACACAUAGAUGGCAAUUGCACUGGGAACCUUGGCGAAGUGCUGAUCAGGUGUAACAAUGUUAUGUACAUAAGAGGAGUGGAGGAGUCGGAUGAGGAGGGCGAGAUGAAGGACUAAAGAACAAAAAUCUAAAAUUAUGUACAUUGUAAUCUUGUAUAAUUAAACAUUAACUUAAUUCAAGUAAAAUAAAAUUGUAUCUUUCACAACAUA